AUGGCUUGUCAAUCCGGGAUCCGAGAAGAAUUGUGUGUUAAUUUCCAAGGUAAAGGUACGGAUGAUUGGCGUGCCGAUUUCAGACGUCAUUUGCCGGAUUGCAUUGAUGCAUUUGAACCAUGCUACAUUUUGUUUCGAAUCGAUGAACCAUAUGGAUGGAUUCUAAUGAGCUUUGCCGAUGAUCGUGCUCCUGUUCGUGAGAAAAUGGUUUUUGCUGCGACAUGGGCUACAUACGAGUAUCGUGUGACAGAUAAGAAAGAAAUGACAUUGGAAGCAUUUGAAAAAUGGCUUUCAAGUAAGGAAGAUCCCGGACCUAUGUCGGAACUUGAAAAAGAAUUUUAUAGUGCGCAUCAGGAGCAUAAAGUUACUGCACCGUCAGUUGUUGCAGCACAAACUGUCAGAGGUGUUUUCUUCCCAGUUGAUCGGGAUGCUGAAGAAGAAUUACGAAAGUUAGCUAGUCACGCAGUGAAUUAUGUUCAGUUAGCUGUUGAUACAUUGAAUGAAGCAAUCAAAUUGGAAUAUUCAAAAACGUCCAUCUCUCCCGAACAAUUGAAUGAGGUAAUACCGCGAGACAAGCCACGAUACCAUUUCUAUCGUUUCUCUCAUAAAUAUAACAAUGAAGAUUAUAAUAGUUUAUUUUUCAUCUAUUCAAUGCCUUCUUCUGGAUGUACAAUCAAAGAAAGGAUGCUUUAUUCAAGCUGCAAGCAACCGUUUUUACAAACUGCUUUGUCGGCUGCAAAUCUUUCGCCUGAUAAAAAGAUAGAAAUCGAUAGUAAAGAAUUGUUGACAUCAGAUAUUCUCAUUGAUUAUACUCAUCCAGCUCCACAAAUUAAAGAGAAAAAUUUUGCAAAACCACCGGGACCAUCACAAAGAGGAACACGACGUGUUACGAAAGCAGUCGGUUAA